CACUUCUUCAUUUCUCAUUCCUCUCACAAUUUCUCUCUCUCUCUCUCUCGCUCUCUUAUUCUCUUUCUCUCUCUACAGCUUUUAGGUUCAGAUCUGCGUAAAGAGAUGUCGACGACCACUACGGCGUCGUAUUGGUGCUACAGAUGCACCCGUUUCGUCCGUGUUUGGGUCCAGGACAACAUUACAUGCCCGUACUGUCACACCGGCUUCGUCGAAGAGAUCGAUGCGUCUCCGCCAUCGGAGAGCACACGCCGUCCUUUCCCGUCCUCUUACAUGUACGGCCAAGAGUCCGGUCAAACUACGGCUCUCGGUUCUCGCCGGAUCCGACGGGGAUCCGGAGAUCGGUCCCCUUUCAACCCGGUCAUCGUCUUGCGUGGCACGGGGGAAGAAGGUGGGAUCGACGGCGGCGAGAGGAAUAGCUUCGAGUUGUACUACGACGACGGCGCUGGUUCUGGUCUCCGGCCACUUCCCGCGAGUAUGUCGGAGUUUUUGAUGGGUUCGGGUUUCGAUCGGUUGCUAGAGCAGCUGGCCCAGAUCGAAAUAACCGGGUUCGGGCGGUCCGAAAACCCGCCCGCUUCGAAAGCGGCAAUAGAGUCAAUGCCGACGAUUGAGAUUGUUGAAAGCCAUGUGGGUUUGGAAUCGCACUGUGCGGUUUGCAAGGAAGCGUUCGAGCUGGGCUCUGAGGCUCGCGAAAUGCCCUGCAAACACAUAUACCAUUCGGAUUGUAUUCUUCCUUGGCUUUCUCUGAGAAAUUCAUGCCCUGUGUGCCGGCACGAACUUCCAACGGACAGAAAUUCUUCGAAUCCCGAUCAAUCGCCUAACGGUGUUGACGAAGAGACAGUGGGGUUGACCAUCUGGAGGCUACCCGGAGGCGGGUUCGCCGUGGGUAGGUUCUCUCAGGGAAGAAGAGGCGGUGAGAGGGAACUGCCCGUCGUGUAUACGGAAAUGGAUGGUGGGUUCAAUGGUGGUGGAACUCCGAGAAGGGUUUCGUGGGCAUCGAGAAGAAGCAGAGGAGGAAGAGAAAGCCGUGGAAUUGGCAGGGUUUUCCGUAAUUUAUUUUCGUUCUUGGGGAGGAUGAGGUCAAAUUCUUCAUCGUCUUCAUCAUCGCUAUCAUCGCGUUCUGGUUCUGAAUCUGGGUCUCUUAGUCGAAGCCAUAGUCAUUCGAGUUCGGUGUUUAGUAGACACGCACGUAGACAUAGCAGGACUUGGGUCUUGGACGAUCAUGAGGGGAAUGAUAGAUGGUGAAUUUUGGGAAAAAACACAGACGAUUUUAUUUUUUCUUUAAUUUUUUUUUCCUUACCCAAUAUGGUUAUAUGCCAAAAAAAAAAGAAGAGGAAAAUGAAAAAGCCAAAAAAAAUUAAUAUUUGUUAAGGCAGUGCCAAGUUCAUCACUGUAUAUAAGCAUUGAAUUUUGUACGUUUACUUCGAUUUCUCCAUAACUGAGUUCUAGCUUAGAAUUACAUGAA